CAACAGUUGAAGACUUUUAAUUAAAAAGUAAUACAGAGUCUGUAUCAUUCAAAUGGCAUCUUUCGUCUUACAUUUUACGACAUAAAAAUAUAUGUACUAGAUCUUUCUUUUUUGUAGAUUCUUUUAAUCAGUGUAGCUGUCAUGACUUAGAGCAGUGUCAGAUUUCGAAAACUGGCAGCAAUAAAUUAGAAAUUCUUCGUAAAUGUAUAUUGUAUGGAUUGUGUCCUCAUAUUCUCAUGUUGCGACAAGGUAUAAGUGAAAAAGACCCAUUGUUUUAUACUGAUAAUUUGUAUAACCAACUCUAUUCCGUGGAAGACUUGGACAUAUCUGAACGGUCAAAUCCGAAUCAUUGUGGAAUUUACUGGAUUCAUGUGGCAAUAAUGGCAGAGCGAUAUAGAAUCGUACAGAGUCUACUCCCUAUACUGUCUAAUUAUAAGACCGUCAGCUUUAUCUAUCUCACUUUAUGGAACAAGUUCUCUCCAUUAUAUUUAGCAGUUGUUCAUAAAAAUCUUGAUCUAGUAAAGCAAAUACUACAGUACUAUCCUGAUUUUGUAAAUAUUCCAUGUCAGUUUGAGACUCGUUGGGAUCAGAAAUACCAGAGGAAAGUCACUAAAGCUACACAUAUUACUCAAGUGGCAGUAUUGCACGAUUUUACUGAAGCACUGGAAUGCAUGUGGCCACAUUUUAAUAUGACAUGUUGCAAAACAAAGAAACACCUAAAAAAUUCUCUCAGAAUUGCAAAAGAGCAUAAAAAGACAGCAAGCACUGAUUAUAUAAUGUCCAAAGGUGUAAUGAUGUCAUCAAGUGACCAGAAAAGUCUUCUUUUAUCAGCAAUCAAAGAGAUGGACAUAGAGGUCGUACGAACAUGUUUACUAGGGAAAGUUAGCACUAUUUCAAUUGUGGGCGGAUUAAAGAUAGCCGUCAACAAAGGUCUACUAGAAUUUGCCACUAUAUUGCUGGACAAAAUGAAGGAAGCCAACGUUGAAAUUUCCAACGUUUUUGGUCUCCAAGAUUGUAUGAUAGACGCCUUUUUCCAUCAUAACGAACAGAUUGUCCGUCUAUUAAUAGAAUACAAAUUAGAUGUGAAUGUAACAUAUUGUGGUUUAAGUCUUUUAACAUGGUCAGAAAUACUGAGACUACAAAACCUUCAAGAAAUCCUGAAAUCAGCAGGUGGUAUGACCUUCCAGACUUACGACGAACCAAGCAAAUGUAUUCUCUCAGAUAUCGUGCACAUGGAAGCUAACACACUGAAAAAUGUCAAAUGUCUGAUAGAGAGAGAUUAUAAUGUGAAUGGAGUCCGAAGGGAGUUUUCUUGGGCUUAUCCUCCUGUUUAUAUUGCUUUGUUUGAGAGAAAAUUUGAUGUUUUCGAAUAUUUAAUAUUUAGGGGUGCUUUAAUGGACAUGCAUAAUAACACAGGUUCUCAAUUUAACAAAAAAAUGUUUCCAGUUUCAAAUUACUACCAUGAAUGGCUCCAGUUUAUAACUGUUCUAGUAAAAGCAAACGUGAUUUUUUCAUUUGAAAGUUAUUUGAAUUCUUAUGACGUAACACUUGAAAUAGGUAGGACGGAAAGGCUGUUAGAAAUUAUUCUGAUAACAUCUCAUACAGUGUCUCAAACAUACAGGAUGAUGCUGGAGAAAGUGCAAUUGAACAGCAGACUGUCACAAAGAUCAAAAGCUGUAAUUAACGAUUUGUUCCAUGGGGUAAAAUCGUUACAAGUUUCCUGCAGAAAUUCUCUAAGAAAGCACUAUAAUCGUGAAUUUUAUGAAUUUACAGAAAAAAUAGCAACACGAUUUCCGGAUAAAAUUCUGAAAUAUCUUAAAUGUGAAGACGUUAUUGAUAUAUCUUUUUGACAUACUUGAGACAAAAAUAUGUAGCGGAUGAAGUUUAUUGGUAAAUCAAUCAAAAUGAAAUCCAAUAUAAACUUCCGCUUUUUUUCCCUAGAGAAUAGAAAAGUCUUAGAAUUAUUCUGUGGACGAACCUAAGUUGUAUGUACGGUAUAUGUGAGAGCAUUUAAGUGACUGUGGAGUAGCGAAAUUCUAUAUUUAUACAAAGGCCCUUUAUUUAUAGAUGUUUACUUGAGACAAAAAUAUGUAGAGGAUGAAGUUUAUUGGCAAAUAAAUCAAAAUGAAAUCCAAUAAAACAUUCCGCCCUUUUACUUUAGAGAACAGAAAAGUCUUACAAUUAUUAUGUGGACGAAACUAACUAUACAGGUUGUAUGUAUGGUAUAUGUGAGAGCAUUUAAGUGACUGAGGGGAAGCGAAAUUCUGUAUUUAUACAAAGGUCCUUUUACAUCAUAUAGAUGUUUACUACUCUGUCACUGAUGAUGUCUUCUUCCUGUUAAACAUAAUGUCAAUAAAAAUUAUGAAGAUUA